AUGUUUGACACACUACCUUAUCAAAACCCGAAAAGUAAACAAUGGGCCUCAAUGCAGAACAGAGUUGAUAUCACCGUGGCUGUUCUCAAAACUUUUGCUUCCUGCAAAUUUUGGCUCGAUUAUUACGCUUUUAAUCCAAUGGAUAAAUCAACGGCUAUGAAUGAUACGCCGUAUCAAGUGGAAUUGAACGCGUCAGCCACGAGGCUGAUUGGAGAUAGUAGCUCACAUUUGGAUAGAUUACCCACACUUUAUGAGGUUCUGAACAGGAAAACACAAGCACCGGUUGACUUAUGGAGUUUUUACGUUUACAUGAGAGAUAGCCAACAAGCAAUUGAUUAUCUUGACUUUUGGAUUGAUUGCGUUCAACACCUGAAUCUGUGCAAAAACUAUGUGAAGGGAUUGAGGAGAUCGUUACACGUUAACGACAGGAUCAGAAAUGCUCCCCAAGUUGCUGAGAUUGCUAUUCAAAGAUUACAUGGGCCUUCUACGGAGUCGUUGGGAAUUUCUGCAGACCCUUUGAAAAGAGAUACGAUGAAAUCUGUGGAUUCGUCAGUAUUGCUUGAUCUGAUCAACCAGCAGGAGCUACUAGGAGAGGAUGAUUCCCACAGACUUAGUGCUUUUUUGAGAGGGGAGGGAAAAGUACAGACGAAUGAUCCUGCAGUGAUCAACAGGAUUGAGGAGCUGAAGAGGAGAUCUGAAUCCACUUCGGGAGACUUUAACUUCAGCCAGUUUGACACACAACAGGAGACCAAAGCCAGAAAUAGGGUUUCCACAAUCAACCCCGAAAUGUUGGAGUAUUUGAUUGAGGAAGAGGACAAAAAUGGCAUGGUGGGGCCCAAUGGAAAAAACCAGUUUGUGACGCGACUGACAUUGAGGAAGUCAUCCCAAAAGUUGAUCAAUACUUACUUUGCCAACAACUCUGACAAGAGGAUAGUGAUUCCAGAUCAUAUAGUCAAUCGUGUUCUCCGUUACGUUGAGCAGGAAGGAAGAGACGAUCCGGAAGUGUUUGAUGAGCCCCGCAACUUUGUGUUCAGGGCAAUGGAGAACGAAGCAUUUCCUGGCUUCCUUUCGUCGCAUGCUAUAUCCAACGUCACAUCCAUGUCUUCAGCUGUUCGGUUUUUUCUUUCUAUAUUUUUCGCUUUUGUUGGAUUUUGGGUUGGCUAUGUGCUGAUUUUCCUGGACUGGCAUCCAAAACCACAAAGGGCUGUUGUUGUGGUUCCAUUCUUCCUCGCCAGCUAUUUGAUGCUUUCCUCACUCUACUUUUUGGAUCCAUUCUUAGUGUUCCUCGGUUACAGCGAGUCGAAAGCGGCUCAUAAAGGCUUCAUCCCUAUACGAGAGCCCUUCGUGGCAAAGUUACUGAGGUCCAGGGCAAUAUGGGUGCUUUUCCUGAUUUGUAUUGUUGCCGCUGCUUUGAGCGUUGUGUUUGCUCUAGUUCCUGGACGCAGGCUUUGA